AUGGAUUUCUACUCAAAUCUCCCGGUAAAUUUACAGCAACCGACCCUUUUCGAGAUCCUAUCCGUAAAUGAGGUCAAAAAGCUCAUCAAACCAACGUUAAGGUACAUAUUCUCCUUAUAUUUGCAACAUAGGGGAACAGGGAGAUGGCUGUUGAAGAUUUUCAACAAGUUUGAUUUACUCAUACUACUCCUAAAAUCCCUUCUUGAGUACAGACAUUGCAAAGCGACAGGUGCUACCAUAUUAGACAAGUUUUAUGGAUUGAAAAGGGUUUCAAGGUUUGAUCACCUAACGUUUCUUGGAGUGUGGAUAAACGACUGCUUGUCCGAAUACAUCAAUGAUAUAUGCGAGCAGUAUCACGAAAAAUUACAAUCUAUGAAACUUACAAACUUGAAAUUGAAUAAUUGGCAGCAAUGGUUCGAUCUGUACUUCCCCAAGGUACAACAAGCGAUCAAGGUGAUCAAUUUCUGUUUUAAGUUAAAGUACUUGCGCGACUCAAAGCAUUCGGAUUUAGUACAAUUCGCCACUCAGACCAGAUAUGAGCGCUAUUCGGAACCAGAUGAAGUGGAAAGCAAGGUACCCGCGGUAUCUGAUAUAGUACAGCGUCGUCGUAAGAGAACGAAUAUGCCUAGAAUAUUAGAAAUAGUGAAGAAAUCCGUUGAUAAAACAUUCUCCAUGUUUUUGGAUAAACUGUUCCCGAGCUUUUUAGUCAUGAUCAGAAUAUUACAGAUCAUUAACCAAAGGCCUGAACUCUUCAAACAGGACGUUCGCAUCAAAAAACCUAAACCACCUGUGUUACCAAGCAAGAAGGGAUCCGAUAAGGAUGUGGACAAGGCAAAUGCUACAACAGAAAAUUGUCCAUUGUGUGGGGAAAAAAUAAAAGAUCCUGCUAUGAUAUCUUCGGGCUAUAUCGCGGAUUUGAAAUGUGCUGAAGAAUGGGUUCGCACCGAGACUACUUGUUUCAUAACUGGCAUAGAGAUCAAUAAAACUAUUCGUAAGUUGUUAAUAUAA